CAGUUCGAGGAAAUAUGACUUUGCUCAGUAGAAAUGAUGGAUGCUAUAGACUCCGGUGAUCCAUACAGCCGACCAGCGCGCAGGACACAAUGGAUAGUCAGCACCCUGGCUUACCAUUACGGACUGGACCGGGGAGUGGAGAACGAGAUUAUUGUUUUGGCCACCGGGUUGGAUCAGUAUCUGCAGGAGAUUUUCCACCACAUGGACUAUCAAGGUGCAGGCAAAAUCCCCGUGGAGGAGUUUAACAUCCUGUGUGAAGUUUUGGGACUGGACAAAGACUCGGAGGACACAGAAUGCGUCGACGUUUUGGACAAUUUGCCCAGCGAGCUCACCUUCAGACAAUUCCACGCCAAACUGUGCGGGUACUUCAGCACUAAGGCUGGCUGCCAGUAUGAGAACGGCCGGCUGCUGGUCGGGAUGGACAGCGAACACAUAGAGACUCAGAUCCGCUUGAGGAGCCCGCUGAAGCGCCGAGAGAAACUGCUGUCUGUGGGAGCGAGCAGCGGCCCCUCUCCUCUCGCGGAGGGGCGGCACGCCUCCGGCUGCAGGCUUGGCUCCUGCACCCGAGAGUGCUACGAGGAGAUCGUGGCCCUGGAGGAAGCGGAGGAUCGAAUAGCCAAACUGGAGGAUGAGAAUGCGAGUUUGAGGGAGUUGAUCGAGGACAUGCGAGCCGCACUUCAGAGCAGUGAUGCCCGCUGUUUGGCUCUGCAGGUCGGACUGUGGAAAAGCCACUCCAAACACAAAGCAGAUGAAGGCUGUUUUGUCGCUCGCCAGAAGCAAGCCAUGCAGAAGAAAAUGGCCAACACCAACCUGAAAAGCUUACAGAACAUAAUCCACGAAAUAGAGCUGCUGCGUAGCUCGCGAGAUCGGCAGGUGGAGGAAGCCACGCGUUGUAAUCAGAGACUGGAGCAGGAACUGUGGAGCUCUAAAGAGACUGUGGCUGCAUUGGAGGACUGCAACAGGGCUCUGAAGAGGGAGCAGGUGGCCAUGAGAAGGAAGGUGGAGGAGGCCCGGCAGGCGCUGCUCAGCGGACUGGGUAAAGUGAAGGAACUGGAGGCAAAGGCAAAUCAUGUAUCAGCACUGCAGCGACACAUCCUUCAGCUGGAAUCAGAGCUCCUCUACUACAGGUCAGAAGUGUCGAAACUACAACUCCCGGGCAGCACCAGUGCAGAGCAGCAGCUGAGUGUCGGCAGCAGGCCAGGACAGAGAUGCUGCCUGGAUACCCAGCACGACCGCUGUUCCCCGACAGGAUGUGCUGUAACGACUCCAGACAAGAUGGAGGAACAGCUGUUUCGGUCAGUGGAGGGCCAGGCAGCCUCGGACGAAGAGGAUGACAAGUGGACUGGAGAUCAACAGAGACAAGUGGAUGAGGUGAAGAGGAUCUUAGCCAGGCUAUCCUGCUGUGGGGAAAGGUGCGAGGACAAGGCAUUCAAGAAGUUAAUGUCUAAUUUUGGGAGCUCGAGAAGCGAAGAGAGCUGCAGUGCUGUGUUGGAGCUCCUUGAGAAAGUGACCAGGUUGCAUAAGCAGCUGGAGCUGAAGGAGAGCCAGGCUGAGAUAAACAUGGACCAGAUGAAGGACUCCCUGAUGCAGGAGCUGCAGCAGAAGGCUGAGGAGACUGAGCUGCUUCAGAUGGAGCUGCAGAUGCUGGAGACUGAGAGGGUCCGUCUGUCUCUGGUGGAGGAGAAGCUCGUGGACAUCCUGCAUCUUCUCCAGCAGCUGAGAGACCUGAACGUCUCACGGAGGUCUCUCGGGAAAAUCUUGCUCAGCACUCUGGAGUCUUGCAGCGACCCGCAGCACGGCAAGGCCCAUAUUCUGGAGGUGCUCAAUGCUCUCUAUCAUGAACUUACUGCUUGUGAGAUUCUGUCUUCUGGUAGACCUUUGGAAAAGACACACAGUCAGCAGUCUCUUGAUGCCCUCAUCAUCUCCUGCUAAACAAGACUGCCUCCUGCUGGCCUCGGAAAACGCAAGCGCCUUUUUGGAGGACACUGAAAGCUCAAUAGUGGUGAAAAAUGAAGCUGAUUGAUGUAUAUAGUGUAUUAUAUUAUGGCGAUUAUAAGCCUCUUGCCCUGUAUCUAUAAAGGGAUGUUAAUCUAGAAUUAUUGUAGCAAAGAGCUUUAUUACAUAUAACUGAAAUACAUGCUCACAGAUUUCUUCAAAAGCUUUUAUUGCACAUAAACUUUCAGGAUGCAAAAAAAAUUUGUUUCAUUUGAACUUUUCCACAAAAGAUACUUCUGAAUUUUCACAUUUACAUAAGUUCAACUUUAACAGGACAUAGUGCUCAACCUCUGCUGGUCAACAGGUGAACAACCUCUGACAUAACCAUUCCAAAUAAGCUGAAAAGAUGAUAGGCUACACAAACUGUAGAGAAAUAUGCAAUCUACAGUGUGUUUUACAUCUCAGGAGACCACACAUGCUUUUAUUUUGCAGCCCUUAGGAUGCCUCCGCGUUGGGAGAUAAUGUGGGAUCAUUAGCCACUUUGUAUCUAACUGUGUUGACAUGGUCAUCUGUGACUAUUAAGCGAUAAAUAAAAAAGCCUCUGCAAGUUUGUUUGUCCGGAUAGAAAAUGUAUUUCUGCUCACUUACUCAAGGUCCUCUUACUCACUUUUUGAACACAACACAGUCUUCAUCAGCAUUACUAAUCACCUGACAAAUUGCACAGAGCUAGAUUUUUCAUUCAGGCUCAUAUUUAUUGUGCUCUCAAGUAACAGUGAUGAGUAAUGCACAAGUUAACUGUUGAGUAUGAGAACAAAAUUUGGUGAAUAAAAUGCACUUUGCUACAUUUUUUUACAUUUCACUAUUUAAAGAGUUUUGUAGCCUACUCUGAAACUAACCAACAACCCGGUCAGUGACAUAAUUUUUAAUGCAGUUUAAAAAAAUAACUGGAAGGUCAACAGAAACAAACUGUAUUUGAAUGAAACAACUAGAGGUGGGCGGAUCAAUCCAAAUAUCGAUAAUAUGGAUAACAACUCUAGCAUUGGUAUCGGAUCGAUACCAGCACGAUUGGAUUAAUACUUUGCUUUUUAAGUUCAGUAUGCAGCCCGCUGAACUGUUAAUUAUUUCUUUAGAAAAAAUAAUCCUCAAACAUGCACUAUGAAAAAGGUCCGAACAUUUUUGCGUGCUUUAGAGACAGAAAAUUUUACAUUUGAGGUCUCCAAAAACCCAGUUUCAAAACACAUGAAAAGCUGUUGAAAUUUCCAGGCAAGUAUAUACAUGUUGAAUGACAAGAUACAGUGUUUAAAUAGCAAUUAACAACUUCAGGGUUUUUAUUUCUAUAUGACAAUUUUUCGUAAUUAAACAAUAAGAACAACUA